GAGAGCUACCUCAGUUCAACAAUUGGGCGGGCGGGAGGCAGUCGGGUUUCUGGGCACGCGGCGGGUGCGCGCCAAAGGGGGCGGAGUCUGCCUCUUCCCCUGCCCUCCUUCGUUCGUGGUUUCGGGCCCUCCCCCUCCUUAAAGCGCGGCCCAUCCUCCCGCGAGCCGCAUUAGUGGCGGCGCUUCGGGUGUCAGGCAGCGCCAUUGGGCGGAGAAGCUGAGCGCUCGGGCUACCCCGGUUUUUUUUUUUGUUUGUUUCCCUUCCCCGCCCGCCUCGGCUGGCCCUGUGGCUGCUGGAGGCGGCUGAGCUGGGGCUUCUAGCCCGUUUCUCCGCCGCUCUGGUCCCCACCGAGUCUCUCGCUUGAGGGCGCCGCCGCCACCACCUCAGCCCCGAGAUGUUUGACAAGACGCGGCUCCCUUAUGUGGUGCUGGACGUGGUCUGUGUGGUCCUAGCUGGCUUACCCCUUGCUGUUCUAAACUUGGCAAAAGUAAAGCCGUAUCAGAGGGGCUUUUUCUGUAAUGAUGACAGCAUCAGCUACCCGUUCCAUGACAGUACCAUCCCAUCUACUGUCCUCUACACAGUGGGGUUCACUGUGCCCAUUUGCUCUAUAAUCAUAGGAGAGGCCCUUUCGGUAUAUCACAACUGUUUGCACUCUAAUUCAUUUGUGAGAAAUAACUACGUUGCUGCUAUUUACAAGGCUCUGGGGACAUUCCUUUUUGGUGCAGCUGUUAGCCAAUCUUUGACAGACAUUGCCAAAUAUUCAAUAGGUAGAUUGAGACCUCAUUUUCUGGACAUAUGUAAACCAGAUUGGCGUCAUAUCAACUGCAGUAAUGGUUACAUUGAAAACUUCAAAUGCCUUGGAGACAAAGUAAAGGUUAACGAAGGAAGACUGUCAUUUUACUCUGGACAUUCAUCGUUCUCCAUGUAUUGCAUGCUGUUUCUAGCAUUUAGAGAAACUGCCCAUUUGUUUGGAGGGAUUAAACCAAUUUAUAAAAGAAGGAGAAAGUGGUGCUCACAUUUUUAUUCCUCCAAACCAGAGGUCUUCAAACUUGGCAGCUUUAAGACUUGUGGACUUCAACAGGAUUUUCCAGCCAGCAUAGCUGGAGACUUAAUGCCUUGACUUAUUUAUAUAAUAAAUAAAUAAAGGUGGGAUUUAAGAAAUCUGAAGAAAUAAAUUGAAAGUGAAUUUUGGUUACAAUAUGUCUAAGCAAUUUCUUUUUAAUAAAAGCUGCACAGUUUACCUUCAUGUUCUUAAUUUACAAUAAGAACGUUGGACAGAAAGUAUUCUUGACAAUACAUUAUAAAGCACUAAUGACAUUCUGAACUUCAUGGGGCAACUCUCUCCCCCUCCUUUCCCUGGGCAUAGCAUGAGUAAGAAUGGAUCUUGAGAAUGUCUGAGGAAUUUCCCUGUAGGAACACUCUCAAUUCUUGAAUGAGUUGGUGGUAUUAUUGUAUGUUGCAAGGAAGAGUUGGUUCAAUUAUGAAGCUCUUUCCUAUUAAAGUGUCUUGCCUCUUGCAACAUACAGAUGUACGCUCCAUUAGAUGGUGCAGGAUUUUGUCCCUGUCAGUCGAAGACAUCUGCUAACCUGUUUCAAAUGUUCUUUCCAAGCUGCUUCAUCCUGCCGCUUGCACGCUUGGCUCCAGCUGUGAGUCUGUGCUGCUCGUGACUCUCCAGUUCCUCACAUGUGGCAUUACUCACAGCUUGGAUUAAUCAUAAGCAGACGCUUCAGACUGCAGCCUCUGGAGGACCAAAGGAAUCUCACAUAUGUUAGUGUGACUGACUGUGCACACAAACAAAAUCCCAAAGCCAACCCAAAAACUACAGUUGUGCAAUCCAGCCACAUUGACAACUAGAUUGCAGUUCUGAAAAAACCAUUGGCACUUCAUAUUCUCCUUAUUCCAUCACAGUGUUCACUUCAAAUUCUGCCCUUUAAAAUCCUCCAGAUUGUAAGAAGGUCCACAUGCUUUUUGAGCAAGCUUUUGUUUGGGCCUGGCAGAUCCCCCAACCUGCUGGUUAUUUAAAUCCAUUUGCUGAACCCCAACUCACUGUAAUUACUGUUCUCAGUGAAGUUUCUGGUCCUUUCUGACCUCCCCCCCCACCCCACUAGCACUACUGUGUUCUAAUGGUAGCCUUUCACCUGCUUAAAAAGGUGCACACAAACCUAUUUUGUAACACAACUUGAAAUCCAGCAUCACAUCAGUAAACAUCACCCCAAACACUCCUUUAGAAGUUCCUCCACACUUCCAGAACCUAUACAGGCUGCAUUUAUAUGAUUCUCUUAAUCUGGAUUUGCACAAGAUGUUAAAUGGUAUCAAAUGAGAUUUGCUUACAUAACAGGCUUUAAACAGCCAUAAAAAAGUUAACUUUAGCCAACCAUAUCAUAUUAUGGUUUAGGACAAAUAUACAGAUAAAUAUGCCAUUGAUCAUAAUUGGUACCAUUUGCAUGUAUCUUAAUCAGCCGAUGGCAGCAUCUGUCUGAUCCAAUUUGAGUAAGAAGCUAAGCAGAAGAGGGCUUGGUUAAUACUUAUGAGACCUUUAGGAAAUUCCAGGGUUGCAGGCUAGAUUGGGAAGAAAGCAAUGGCAAAUUGCUUCCAUAUGGCUCUUAAGAAGGCCGUAGAGAUGCAGCCACAGGAAAUAAAGCCAUCUUGCAGAGGUCUGUUACUGCAUUUCAGCUCUUGGGCUCAGAAAUUAAGUAUGGUGAGAUCUGCUUAAUCUUUGAAUAGAAGACUUCCAAGAAAUCCUAGGAGAGUAGACUGUGCAGUAGGGAGGAAAAGGCCCAGAAAAAGACAUUGACUAAGCACUGCUGUAUAGUUGCAAAGAAAACCCCAUGGCUGUGUCCAUGAAAUCAACAGGAAUCAAGCUGGACUCAAAGGAAUGUUAUCUUUUACUUCUUAUAAAAUGAAAUCCAUGUUGUAAUUCACAUAAAUUCAGAAAUUAUCCAAAUUCAUUGGACGUAGUAUUGCUGUUUCUUUUCAGCAAUGUUAACAGAGAGUUCUCAACUUAGAACCACAAUUGGGACAGGAACUGUACAGCAAUGUGAUUAUUAGAUGAGUUGCACCUGAUUUUAUGAUCUUUUUGUCAUGGUUGUUAAGUGGAUUUCUGGUUUCCCACAUUGACUUUGCUUGUUGGAAGCCCACUGGGAAGUCACAAAUGACAAUCAUGUUACUUGGGACACUGCAGUUGUAGUAAAUGCAUGCCAGUUGCCAAAUGCCCAAAUUUUGAUCAUGUGACCAGUGGAAUGCUGCAAUGGUCUAAAGUGUGAGGCCUGGUCAUAAGAUACUUCUUUCAGGGCUGUCGUAUCUUCAAAUAGUUGUUAAACAAAUGGUUAUAAGUCAAAGUCUACCUGAAACACUUGUUUGUUUCACAGAUACAUGGUUUAUGUAUUUAUUUUAAAUUCAAGAACUCUGAGUUACUUUUUGUUCCCAUUUUACUGCUGUAGUCUUAGUAGAUGACACUAACAAGCCAGACUUCACCAACUACACCAACCGCAUAUGCUAAGCAGUGUCAGCUGGAAUGGGGACUGCUUGGAAAUUUUAGACCUCUAACAUAAAUUGAGAAAUAACAAUUUUAAAAGGCCAUAAGAAGGCAGUGACAAUUAAUUUCAUAUGACUGUCAGGAAGGCUGCAUGGAUGCAGUCCCUAGGCACCAUAUUCAACUUGCAGUGUUUACCUUUUAUGGACUCUUCUCAGCAGUAACAGUCCUUGACUUAGCCUGAAGGAAACUUUAAAUGAGUCCGUUAAGGGAAUGCCAUUCUUCUUAGCCCAUGGAAGCCAAGGAAAUUAUUUGGCAGAGCAGAUAAAUUUAGUCCUAACAAUUGGCAGGGAUUUGAAAGUUAGGCAUAUAAUUCAUAUAACAUCCAAAAGUUAACAUUCCUUGAUUUAAGGCAAGUGUCAAACUCGAUUUCAUUGAGGGCCACAUCAGGGUUGUGUUUGCGUUGGUGUGCCGGGGUAGGUGUGGUCAUGGUGGGCAUGGCUAGCUCAAUGUCACUAUGUCGGGGAUACCAGUGGAGGUCCAAGUGCUUUGCCAGCAAAAAUGGGCUCCUGAGCUCCGUUUUUGGCUGCUACGGCCUCCUGCAACCCUCUGCCAGCGAAAACGGAGCUCGGGGGCCACUGGCAGAGGGCUGCAGGAAGCUGUCGUGGCCGAAAACAGUGCUUAGCUUUUGAUCAUUACUAAGUACAUUUAUAUACAGCAUGACACUUUAUUCUAUUUUAUUUUAACCUAUAUUUUAAAUUUUUAGCUUUAUGCCUUAGUUUAAGACAAUAAUACUUCUUUUGGUCCUAGAGACAUAGCUUACAGCGGUAACAGUAGUAUCAAUAUUAUUUGUAUUAUUCUUUUAUCUUAUGUUUUACGUUUGGUUGUCGUUUUUUACCUUUUUUACUUUUACUCCUUUAUUACUGUAUUAACCACUUUAGUGGUUAAUAUAUUUUGGGUUGAGAGACUGAACAAUCUGCCAGGGCUUGGUCUCAACCCAAAGUUUUGAGAGUCAUCAAAAAAGUCAUCAUUCUUUUCUGAUUAUAAAGUAGCUGUUAAAAGUCUUAAGUUUCCCCAGUUUAAAGAAAAGGGGUGGGCAUGUAAAAGGAGUGUAUGCCCUUCUCUGCUCCCCAUGGAUUUUGGUUUCGAAAGAUAUAGGGCCACCAGCAUUGGGCCGUGAUAUUCUCAAUGAUCAGCAGCAAACGUCUAUCUGUUGCUGCCUUGUAGUGGUGAUCAUAUGAAAGAGUGUUUUUAGCAAAUUGUGAGGGAAGAGUUUUAGCUGUGUUUUUUGGGAGGGGUGUGCGUUGCAAGGCAAGAACAAAAGCCCCUUCCCCAACUGCUGCUGUCUUGAAGAAGAAAAUUGAGUCCAACUGCUUUUAAGUGCAUGGGAGGAGGGGUAAACUAGAGACACGGUCAUGUCCAUGUCUUUUUGGCCCUUAGUGAAAUGGAGAUGUUUAUCUCUUCUGUAAUCUCUGUGUGGCAAUGAUUAUUCCUUAGCAGACAUGUGUUAGCUGUAUACACAUGCUUGGAACAUGUGCAGUGACCAUUUACAACUAUCACCACAGGCUUAAAACAUAUCGAAUUCAUUGUCUCUGUGGAUAUAUUCUGCCUAAUUAUUGGUAUAAAGCUAUGACAAACAUAUGGCAUAUGUGUCAGUGUUACAGAUUUAACUUUUGGGCCUUUGUAUUUAAGAUAGGGUUUCCUUGGAAAAAUACUUGAGAAAACUCUGUAUAUAUCUGGCCAUGUGCUGUUUUAUUUUAUACUCACAUCCAUCCUCAAUGAAGAAACUCAAGGUAUAUAAAAUGUUCCACACCAACUUCUAAACAAUCUUUCCUUGAAAUGGGAGGUUGGCUACAAGUUACUAUUUCUCAGAACAGCAGGGUCAAAGAGUCGCUCAUUGAGAAGGAUGCAUAUCAUGGCUUCCUUCAAGGAAGAUGGCACAAUUCCUCUUCCAAGGAGACAAUAAACAGAUCUAGUCUUCUGUUACCUUCUUGACCGCUGUACCCCAAGUAGAGCAAGAAUGGUGGUGCUCACAGCACAGAGGAGCCUGACCUCAAAGCAAUCUCAGAUAGCCUCACAAGUUGGUAUGCUUGUCAUCUUGAUAGGCUUCAAUGAUAACUAAGUGAAUGUUUUGCUAAGUAACUCUGCUUUUUGUUAUAAAAUAGUUUGUGGGGCUUCCCACAAUGCUUUAAAAGUCCAUUUUAUCAUAUCUUCCUUUUUAUGAAUAGCAUAUGCUGUUAACUUCUUUUCUCUUGAACUUUUGAAGAGAUGACCUACUGUGAAGUUGUCAGCUAAACUGAUCUCUGUACAAUACUCCUCCCUCUUUAAAGGGCUUUGUGACCCGAAAAACACAAUGGAAGAAAUUCUCCUCCACAUCUCUGGAUAAAAUGUUGUUUGAUGACAGUUUUCUUGCUGUUAAUAAUUAAAAAUACCAAUGUAAAGCCACUUCAGAGGAUCAUUCAGUACAUUUAUGACAGAUUAAGGACACAAUGAGUCCUGACUAGUAUUUUCUUUUUAAGGGCUGAGUGGAUGAUAUGUUACCAUUAACUCAGACUCACAGAAUGCAUCUUUGGUUUUCAUCCACAUUAGGAGAACCUCAACUGCUAACUGAUCAAGUAAUAGAUGACCAUUUUGUGGACUCUAAAAAUAGGGCACAAUUAUGCUGUAUGUGAGAUCAGACAUGCAACAUAUUGGUCAAGCCAAUUAGAAGAACUGCGACUGGUGUAUGAGCUAAAAUAUUGGAAAACACUUUUGGUCACUCUUCAAAGGCAGCUUACAUAACUGACAAUUUUUGGGGCUCUCAAAAAUUCUAGAGUUCUCCCAUGGAUUUCCCAUCUUGUCUAAAAUGUUUGCAUAUAUCUGCCAAGUGUUCUGUCAUGAGGACCCACCCUAACUAUGUCUUUUACCAUGUACACUGUAGAAAUUUCCUAUUUCCUGAAUUCUUACAGGCCCUGUAUUCUUACAACUUGCCUGUCUCAGUAAGAACCUGCCUUACUAGUGGUUUUGGCAUACUGACUAAAUCAAAAGUUUGCUGGUUUGGUAAAGAGUGGAACCCCACCUACUACAGACAAGAUGUUUGUAUUGUCACGUGACCCUUUGCAUCAGGAGACUACUGCUAAAGGCUAAUUACAUCACUCGCCCUCUUCAUAGAUCAGGCAGAGAACAAAAGAGUAAAACAAAAAACAAAAAAACCCCAGGCAGAAUACUACUUGCAUCCUACCAAGGGCAGUUGGCAUGAUUGCCAAAACAGAUUGCAUAAUUUGACAGUGUGAAAUGAAGGUAGAAACUCAUCUGGAGUUGUAGAGGGAUCAAAAAAUUUCAAAAUCGGGUUCUAAUGUGAAUCCACAUAGCUGUGCACGUGCAUCUUUUUAGAAUCGGUGGGGAACAGUUUUUGAAGCAGCUGAGGCUUGCAAAUUUCCAUGUGUAGCAAAGCACCAUAUUUAAAUGCUAUCCCUAGUAUCUAGUAUCCUAGGAGAGCCUGUGGCAGGAGGGCCUAUUGGCUAAGGCAAAAGCAGUAGGUAUGCUUUGUCCACUAUAGGCUGAGUUUUAGAGGUAUGUUCUGUGCAGAUUGUGGCAGUCUUGGCAGUGGAGAGGCUUUUUUCAGCCUCAUCUCUUUUGCUUGGCAGACUAGCUCUGCAAAAUGGGUUAGCUGACUGGAUUUAAGUCUCCAUCAAAAAACUUUAAAAAUCUUCUAAAGAAAAUUUUAAGGUGGAGUUAGUUCAAUCCUAUGCCUACAUUUGGACCAAAGUACAACCUCUUCAUGUUUGUUGACCAAAUCAGUUGAUCCUUUUUUGGUGCUACCUCCAAAUGUUUAACUAUUUUCGAAGAAUAGGGUGUGAGAUUUGAACACAUUCAACAAUGUCCACUCAUGAGUCUAUAGAAAUAAAAGGGUCUGUCUCUGCAUGUCAAGAACAGAAAAGAAACCUGAAGACAUUUAAAGAAGGAAUUGGUGAUCUUAUAUGAACUGGUUCAGGUAUCUAAAUUUUCCUUGUCCAGACCAAGUGCUUGGAUCCUUUUUCCCUCUGCUGCCUUCAUUCCAUUGAGGAUCUGUUCAUCAGAUGAACAGAAUUUAGCCCUGUAAAGAAAAACCAGGACUAGGAUUCAACGUGCCCUUUUAGGUGACUUUAAAAUGACACCUGGCCCCACUUCAUUCAAUGGCUUCCCUUGGUGAUAAUAAUCUGUUAUGCUGCCUCAGUAUCUCUUUACAGACAGAGAUCUUUAGCAUCAUAUAUAACUGCACCAUCCCUCUAUUUCAGCAGGGAUUGUAUUCAGCAGAAGUAUUCAUUGUAUAUGUCCCUAUACAAGAUAGCGCUAUGAAUUAGAUGAUCACUCGAGUUAAAAUCCCUUGCUUUCAAUGGCCUUGGCUUUAAAUAUGAUCUGCAAGCAUCUGACUUACAUUUAGUGUAUAUGACAAAAAAGAGGCUGAAGCCACAAUACAGAGUUUAAGGCUUAAAAAUUAUCUGAUUAUCUCACAGCCUUUGAAGUCUGAUUCCUGUAAACAUACACCUCCUCCUCUAUUCUUUCCUUCAGUAGUUCUUUGUAGAUAUUAAAAAUGUAUGGCUUGCAUUUUAUAAGCUGUUAAGAUUGUGUGAGAAGAGAUCUCAUUGCAGAGUUUAAUUGCAUGGAGACACAUAGCAAGAACAGCAUUGUAGUGGAAAAUUUUGCUGUGGUGGAGCACAUCAUAACCAGGCACUAAGAAGAAAUCUCCCUCCCCCACCCCAAAAAAUCUGUGUCCUGUUGAGGCAGCUCUGUAUUUACAUCCAGAGGAUUUGGCAGUCUAUGAACAAAGAACUGGAGAAAAUGACUAGAAGUAAUUACAUAUUACUCUUUUUUUUUUUUGUCAGAUUUUCUACAACUAUUUAAUGGUGGUUCCAAAACCCCUUUUAAGUUUGCUGGCUGUGAUGUUUAUAGCCUUAGAAAGCAAAUGUUUCUCUUCUUGGAAACAUAUUAAAUGGAUCCAUGGUACUUUUUGAAAAAGGAAGGUAGUGGAAUGAGAGUUGCAUUUCAACUUCCAAAAAGUCUUUGACCAAAAGCCAGGAAUAGUAUACUUAGUAUACUAGUAUAUUUAGUAGAUUUGUAGCAAAAAUCGUAUGUUUAAUUAUGGGUGAAAAGUCACCUACCUUAUCUAAACAUAUCUUGAUGUAACCUGUGGAUGGUCAUGACCUACGGGGAGGUCAUUUUGAAUUAAUAAAAACUUUUAAAUGUAGCCUGUAAAUACAACAUCAUGUAAUAUAAUUAAAUACAAUAUAAAUUACCACCUUUGGAAUCGGGUAGAGAAAUUGCUCUGUUGUAAAUUUAUAAACAAGUCAUUUGUCUCCAUCCUUUUGCUCAGGGCCAGCAAGCGUAGAAAUGCCUUGGCACUGAUGUCUCCACAACCAGCAUCUUUCAAACUCCCACUCUGCUGUAACCACUUAACCCCUCGUACUCCCUGCAAUUGGCAGCAAUUCAAAAGCUUGCGCAAUAUUCAUGAAAAAUCCAUUGGAAACAUCCCAAUUGCUGAACAAACUGAAAUACAAUUCUUGGUUCACCUGUGUAUUAUUUAUACAAUUUAUAUGUCACUCCAAUUUAAAAAGAUUCUGAUGUAUUAAAUCAUUAGCUACCUAAUGCUUGCAGUAAUCUCCACCUUGAAAAGCCUAAUGGAAUCCAAUUAACAGCUUCUGAAAGCUGGUGGAACUUGGUGAUAACAUGAAUGAGAUUGCAAAUUACUUGUGCAGAUAAAAGGAAACAAAGAUUACAGAAUCUUUUCAGUUUUAAUAUAUCUUGUAUCUUGUGUAAAUGUUAAAAAAAGACUUUUUGAAGCUUUAGGAUGAGUUUGUAAAGUUUAUAAUCUACAAAUGGGCAUGAAUGGCAUAUAGAUUUUAGAAUAGAGAAUAAAAAUAUUUUGCAUUUCCCUCAAUAUAGAGAUCUGAUCUCAGAGGAACUCUACGGUCAUCCUACCUCCUGCUACUCUUAGCCUUCAGGGCUUUUAUGAUAUAAAGUCCCAGAAAGUGAUAUGCCCUGAGAAAUCCAAUCAACCCCAACCCCUUCCAACCUUAGAAGUAUCCCAUAUUACUUAAUUUGCCUCAGUCGUAAAUGUAUUUUAUUUAUUUUAUUUCCUCAUUAAUCACAUUCUUUUAACAUCUGAAGAAGAGAGACAGUGCAGCAAAUGUUGUUUCUUUAUUUCUGCCUGUAGAAAACACUGAGCAACUUAGUGCCCCUAACGUAUGGAAAUAAAAUCCAUGAAUAAACAUUAAAGCCACGUUUCCUGUUUUGCCAUCUCAGUUGUUCAGAGUCCUGCUUUAUGAAACCAUUUCUACUUCAGGGAGGUUCAAACACCACAUUUUAAUCAUUCAUUCAAUUUUGACAUAUUGGCAAGUCGGAUGAAAUCCUACCAGCUACCACCUAGCUCCUAGGCAUUCAACCCGUUUUGUGUUCAAACCACAAGUUUCUAAACGACUGUCUUAAGGUUCCACCUUUUCUCCCACUCAUAACCACAUAUACCACCUUCCCUCCUACAUGUGUAAUGUCGCUCUGCCAACUACAGCAAUUGCUUGUGUGUAGAAACCAUAUUAGCCAAGUAAAGCAUUUUUCAAUGUCUUCAGUGGAAUUCCUAAACUGGAAAAAAGGAUGAAUGCCAGCUUGCUUUUUUUAGACCACCAGAAUAACUCCUGGCUCUAAUUCUCACUGGAAAUAAAUGCUUUACAUUAGUGUAACGGUCACAGUCACAAAAAAGGUCUAGAGAAAACUGUUUGGCUUGGAACACUACUAUGCAAUUUUACUAUGUUGAACUUCAUACCUGCCUUCGUGUCAAAACUCUUGCAUUCAUCUUCGAAGAAUAUGCCUGUAGAAUGUCUUAAACUUAAAUUUACAAACAUUUAAGAAAAUCAGACCAAGUACAGCUUGAAUCUACGAAAAACUUACCUGGUUAUUUAAAAAUUGCUCCAUAUAGCAUUAAACUUUAGUCUUUUUAUAGCAGAAUGACACAGAUGAGUACCAAAAGGGUGAUGUAAUCACUAGUUUCAGAAACCUAAGUCUGCAUAUGUGCAUUCAUUCAGAUAGAUCUAAUGUUUCUAGCAGGCAAGUAGCUUUUCAUGUUUAUCUUUGGAAGCACACAUGCAACUUGCUUGUGUUCAUAGCAUGUGUGACUACACAACAAUUUGCUUCUGUUAGUAUUUUUCAUGCCCAGGAUACCAUAUAAUUAUUUGUUGAAUAGUUAUAGUAUAUGAGGAUGAAUUACUUGCCAACAUCUUAGUGCUCCUCCCUUAUGGAUAUUAAGGAACUAGGGUCAGUUCUAAGCAAAUAUUGCUUGGAAAGGAGCAGUUAUGUGACUAUUCUGAAGACAAGUGGAAGCUCCUUCAGAAAAUGCUACGUCUGGUUCUGGUCAUUACUGAUACUGUUUUGUGAUUAAUAUUGCCAUAUUCUAAGAACUUUUAGACACUUCAGAAUACUUGUAAGGAAAUGUUUUUUCACAGUGACUGUCAAAUGAUUGUGACAUUGACUAUCUCCUUAUUCAGAAAAGACAACCACAAUAACAUCUAUAACUUAUUAUUGAACACUGUACCACUUUGAAUUUAAAAAUGGGCAACACUUUAUACAUAUAUACAGGCUGAUAGAAAGGAUGUCUGUAAAAAUGUUAAGUACAAUACUGAAUAUGAAGAAACAGCACUCAAGUUGUCUUUAUGCUUAUCUUAGCAAAGUGAUCUACCCACCUUCUGCAAUGCUGAUACUAUUAUCCAUUACUAUCCAUUAGGUGAUUGUAUGUUCUACACAAAAAUAUUUAACUUUAAAAUAUUUAACAGAUCUUCUGUUCUCUUGCUGAGAGUGUGCCUUUUUGGUUUUAGC